AAAAUGGUAAAUUUAAAAGGAAAAAAAGAAUAUUGAUUCGUUAAGAUAGUAGGAGACAAAGACCAAACAGUUGAACAAUAAGAUAAAAAAAUAAAAAAAAAUAAGAAAGAAGAAACAGAGUAUCCGAAAAUGAUGUUUUAGGCACUCUGCCCAAAGUUUCUUCUUCUUCCUCUUCCUCUGUUAUAUCUCUUUCUCGUGACCCCCAAUGUAAAUUCCUCGCACGAAUUCAACUCCCUUAUACAUCAAAAAGCUGCUAAGUCUUUUCCUUCAAAUCCACCUCUCUUCUUCUUCUUCUUCUGCUCCUAAAAAGAUCAUAACUUUCACCCAUUUUCAAAAGACCCUUUUUUAAUAGCUUAAGUCAAGAAUUUGGACUUGCUGAGUAAAAAAAAAGAAAAUGAGAUUAGAGGAUACAUUCGAGGCGGUGAAUCAAUACCGGAAGAAGAUGUUCCAGAAGGUGAAGGCCGCGGUGAAGAAGACGAAGAAGAAGAAGCAGACUAUGUUUCAGUAUGAUCCUUGGAGUUACGCCUUGAACUUCGACGAAGGAGUAGAAGACCCUCAGAGAUUCUCCGGCGACUGUAAACUCCACAGAAUCACUUUGAUCUAUGUUGUUCAUGUCAAAUUUUGACCAUGUCAAAUCUAUUUCUCUCUCUCUCUCUCUCUCUUUCUCUUAUUCGCUUACAGUUUUUGAAGCAGUCCACACUUGUUUCACUUUCUCUCCAUCAAACAUGGUUAUUUCUUCUUCUUUCUUCUGUCUGUUAGAAUAUAUUUUCUCUUCCA